AUGAACGAUACAGGCCAAGGAAACAAUUCAGACUUUAUAGACACAGUCUACAACAACGAGACCGGGCCGGAGCCGGCGGAAAUGAAUAUGUAUUUCUUCGCUACCGGUGGCGUUACAAAUUUAUUCCUGUGCAUUAUGGGACUUGUCCUCAGCGGUCUUUUAAUACACGGUUUAGUCAAGGAAUCAAAGCAGCUCAGCUCCACCUCAUUUCUUCUCAUCUGCCAAACAGUGGCCGAGUCCGCCUACGCAGUCACAAGUAUUCCAGUCUUCUCGGUACGAUGGUUCUACUCCGUCUUUCAUGGGUUUGAAAGCGCAAUCUAUGUCUACUUACAGGUUUUCCCGUACAUGUGGUACAUACUACAGUCGGCUAAUCUCAUUGCCGAAUACCUGAUCGUCUAUAUAGCUGUAGACAGAUUCAUUAUCAUGUGCAAGUCCACAUUAGCGCUGACAUUUUGUAAGAAGAAACAAUGGGGCCGUCGCGUGGCUGGGCUGGUUCUUUUUGCCUUAGCCAUGAACUUGCCAAGGCUGUUUGCAUUUGAGUCUGCCACCCUAGCGCCCUGCGCCAGUGGCUCGUGUUUUCGCAUGCGGCUGAAGAAGUGGCCCAUGUUUACUGAAGUCUACAUGUUUGGGUUCCACCUGGUGAUAGUUUCUGUAGUGCCGCUUUGCAUUCUGGUAUACACCAAUGUCCGUAUCCUCCUAACUGUUUGGGCCAGUGAUAGACGUGUCGGGGACGCACUCCAAAACGCCACCAAACCUAGCCGAGAGGUCACCAUUGUAAUUAUUAUCCUAAUCAUGGUGUUCGUCGUGACAAACAUACCUGUAGAUGUCGUCCUGGCCAUGAUGGCACUGUCCGUGAAACUGCCAAGUUCUUUCCGAAAGGCGGUCGUGUAUCUCGUCCCCUUCACUGUGUCCGUUAAAUUGUUGGUGCCCGUCUUCAACUUUGCCAUAUAUGGACUUCGGAAGUCGUUCCGGAAGUAUUUGAGAUACAUCUGUUCUAAAAAGUCCGAAACCUCCGUGGAUUCGUGA